AUGCCGCCCAAAAAGAGAACCAUGCUGAAGGUCGUCAUCCUCGGCGACUCCGGCGUUGGUAAGUCGUCGUUGAUGCAACAGUACGUCAACAACAAGUUCAGCACACAAUACAAGGCCACGAUCGGAGCCGACUUUCUCAACAAAGAGCUGACUCUCGAGGGCCGAAAAGUCAACAUGCAAAUCUGGGACACGGCCGGUCAGGAACGGUUCCAAUCCCUCGGUCUGGCUUUCUACCGAGGCGCCGACUGUUGCGUUCUGGUCUACGAUGUCAACAACUCCAAGAGUUUUGAUGCCCUGACUCUGUGGCGAGAUGAGUUCCUUCUCCUUGCCAACCCCCGAGACCCAGAAAACUUUCCUUUUGUGGUGAUCGGUAACAAGGUGGAUGUGGAGGAGAGCAAGCGGGCAGUUUCCGCCAAGCGAGCCCAGGCCUUCUGCAAGGCAACCGGCAACAUUCCCUAUUUUGAGACCAGUGCCAAGGAGGACACUGGUGUAGACCAGGCUUUCGAGACCGUUGCUCGAAACGCCAUGGCACAGGUGGACUCAGAGGACUACACGGACGAUUUCGCCGACACCAUCAACAUCCAUCUGGAUAAUGAGCAGUCCAACUGUGCUUGUUAA